AUGGGUAAGACGCGUGGUAUGGGAGCCGGGCGCAAGCUGCGCAACCACCGGCGCAACCAGCUGUGGGCGGACAAGCAGUACAAGAAGAGCCACCAGGGCAACGAGUGGAAGAAACCCUUCAUGGGCUCGUCUCACGCCAAGGGCAUCGUGCUCGAGAAGAUUGGUAUUGAGGCGAAGCAGCCUAACUCCGCUAUUCGUAAGUGCGCGCGAGUGCAGCUGAUCAAGAACGGCAAGAAGAUCGCCGCGUUCGUGCCCAACGACGGUUGCCUCAACUUCAUCGAGGAGAACGACGAGGUGCUCAUUGCCGGAUUCGGACGUAAGGGGCACGCUGUGGGAGAUAUUCCCGGUGUGCGGUUCAAAGUGGUGAAGGUGUCUGGUGUGUCGCUGCUCGCUCUCUUCAAGGAAAAGAAAGAAAAGCCCCGGUCUUAG